AGAGAGAAAAAAAACACACAACUCACAUCGAACAGCUAUUCCAUCACCGCGAAACACACGCCAACAUGGACAGCCUCCAAGAGAAAUACCACACCACCACCCGCAACCUCACCUAUCGCUACUACAUCUCUCCCUCUACUUCCACGUCCUCCGGCAAGCCCACUCUCCUCCUCUGCCACGGCUGGCCGGAUGCCGCCGAGCUCUGGCGAUUCAUGAUACCUCAUCUCCUCCAAUCCGGCUUGCGGAUGGUUGCUCCAGACUUGCUGGGUGCCGGGAAGACAUCCAAGCCUGUUGAUCCCAAGGCUUUCGAGAUCAAGGCCAUGGUGGAGGAUGUCAAGGAGAUCCUGACGGCCGAGGGAGUUGAGAAGAAUGUCAUUCCGGUCGGGCAUGAUUGGGGCUCCUACUUCGCCCAGCGUUAUUACCUCUUCAACACCCCCCAAAUGGCCGGCCUCAUCACCCUCAACGUAGCCUUGAUGCCGACUCGCAGCGAGCCCUUCAACCUCGACGCAGCCAACACCAUGACCGAGAAAUUAAUCGGAUAUCCCAUGUACGCCUACUGGGAAUUCUUCGCCACAGUCGACGGGCCCAAGCAAAUGGAAGCCCACCUCCCCUCCGUCUGGCACGCCUGCCACGGCGCCUCGGACGCACACAUGUUGAAACUCUUCUGCAACCGCGGCGCCAUGGCCGACUUCAUCACCUCCAACCAGAAAGACCCCGCUGGCCUGCUCCCCUACGCACAGGACGAAGCCUUUCAAGACGCCUGGAUGGCCACUCAAGCCAACGGCGGCUUACAGUCGCAGAACUGCUGGUAUCGCGCGCACGUCGAAGGGGUGCAGGAUGCGAGCGAGAAGGCGCUGGCGGAGGGUUUGGGGAACGGGAAAGUGGAGAAGCCGUAUUUGUUCGUGGGAGCGACGGGGGAUGCGGUGUGUCGGACGGAUUUUAUUGAGAUGCCGAAGCAGAUGGGUCUGGUCCCGGAUCUGGAGGUUGUGGAGCUGGAGAGUCGGCAUUGGGUGCCGUAUGAGAAGCCGGAGGAGGCGACGGGUGUGAUUGUAAGUUGGUUGAAGAAGAGGGGAUUUGCUGAUGGGGAGUGA